CGUCUCUGUCGGAAGAUCCACGCCUCGACAAGCUAUUUCCUCUCCCAUCGCAUUGCGCAGUUUCAUUUGUGUGGGAUGGCUCUGUGCUAUGAACCCCUUGAUGAAAGCAAAGAUGAGAUCAGGCUCCUGACACUCUUACCGAAGUCACAGCAUACCUUUUUCGAAGCCGUUCAUUGUCGACUCGAGACAAGAUCUCUGACUUCAUUCAGCUCACGAUACGAACUUUUUACCUCUUCUCCGGUUUUCUCGAGUUCAAAUAAACACAAGUCUAUACUUAACUGGAUUCAAUCACGUCCUCAAUCAGAGAGAGCACUCCAGAACUUGUCUCCUACAACAAUCCGUGAACCUCCAGAGGAAUAUCAACGUUUUAUCUGGGGCGACUAUGCCGCUCUUUCGUACGUAUGGGGUGGCGAGAAAUACAAAAGGAAGAUCAUCGUCAACGGCCACGAAAUGAAAGUUACCCGCAACCUCGAGGCUGCAUUGCGCACAUUCCGCGACGAAGCGGAAUUCCAUUCAAACUUUGGGUUGUGGGUCGAUGCUAUUUGCAUCAAUCAAAAAGAUUUGAAAGAGCGUGGUCGACAGGUUAGGAAGAUGAGAGAUAUCUAUGGGAAGGCCUGGACCGUUCUUGCUUGGCUCGGUGAAGAAGGCGACCAGAGUGACAAAGCUAUGCAACUUGUUCGGAAACUUUCCCGGUUCCAGGACAUCCAGGCACGCGAUGUUGAUCUGGUUCAUGAACUAACCGAACAACCUGAAUAUCUAGGCGAUGGCUGUUGGUACGCAUUAAAGCAGCUUAUGAAGCGACCUUACUGGUCUCGCCUUUGGAUCAUUCAAGAGAUUGUGAUGGGAGCAUCGGCCAUGAUUAUACGUUGCGGAACUUCAUCGAUUGACUGGAGCUCUUUCUGUUCGGGAAUUGAAAUCCUACAAGAGGAACUGUGGCUCGUGAAGGAUGAACUUCUUCGUGAAGACGUUGCAAGAAAUGGCGGGGCAUGGCGAAAUGCUGCCUGGUCGACCGUGAGCCUGCACCUUGUGUACCGCGAUCUUUCGGUUCUCAGCCAAAGGGAAGAGACCGCUGCAGCAAACUUACCGUUCUGGAAACUCAUUGAUAUUGCAAACUCUGCCGAUUGUCAAGAUCCUAGGGACAAGGUGUAUGGACUAAUUGGCUUGAUGGGCGAGAAUGUGGCGAAGCAAAUAGUGCCAAAUUAUACAAUCGCUCCACACGAGGUAUACGCCGAAGUGUCAAAAGCUUUCAUCCAAGGCCACCACUCUUUGGAUCCUAUCCGAGAAGGUAAUCCUUGGGGUCCGACGAAAACACCCACAUGGGUUGCUGAUUGGCUGUGGGAUGGCGGCAGACUCUCUCUGGCAAGAAUUGAGAAUCCACUCUGGGGCCCUGCAUGGCUCUCUGGCAAGUCUAUUCCAGGUUCUUCAGUGUAUAAACAAUACAAAGCAAGUGCAGAGAGCCCAUGCGAAAUCUCUUUCAUGGACCCUGGUUUGCUGACUUGCACUGGAUUCGUCAUCGACACCAUCUCCGGACUUUCCGCUCGAGGGCGCGGAUAUUUCGCUUGGUCUGCAAAUUCUCUCAUUCAGGCAGAACGAUGGAAGAGUGUCUACGGUAAUGCUGCCGAGACUUCGAAGGCUCUAUAUCGAACUCUCAUUGCGGAUCGAGUUGGGGGAGGACAGAAAGCCAGCGACCGCCAUGCUGUCAUCCUCAACCUCCCAGCCAGCUUCGAAGCGGCAGAGCCGCAAUUCAAGAAACGGUGCUGGACAUGGUUAGCAUCCCAAGAAGGCUACUACUUCAGAUGGGAAAAAUGGCGAAAGGCAAACAGGAACUUCCAACUUGGGGAUUUGCGACUAAAUGACUUCUUUGACAGUAUGAUUCCCGAGGAGGCUUCGGAGCAGGAUUUCACUGAAGUUUACUCUUGCUUUGAUCGGACGUGCCAAAAAAGAAGAUUCAUGCUCACAAAAAAUGGAUAUAUGGGCUGGGUACCGGAUAACGUCCAUGGAUCCGGCCAUGAUCAAACCUUGACAGGGGAUUUGAUCGCCAUUUUGUUUGGGUGCAGCACACCCAUUGUGAUUCGGCCCUAUGGAGAGCAUUUUCAAGUUAUAGGGGAGGCUUAUGUUCAAGGUGUCAUGGACGGAGAAGCCAUGGAUUUUCUGAAGAACGGGAAGGCGGAGAGGCGAAGCUUCACUUUUUGCUAAGUUUUGUAUUCGGAAGAUCCGCAAAUAGCUUCGGCAAUAUGGCACCUCAUCGGAGGUUUCUCCUUAUAUUUCUUCUAGAAUAUUUUUAGCCUCUGUUGCGACUCAUGUUAAGUCCAGAUUAUCAGGCCGUUAACUUUCUAGCAGGAUGCUAACGUAAGACUACU